AUGUCUGAUAGAGUGUCAAGACUAGCGGAAUUAAGAAGAAAUAGAGCCAAAACUACGGAAGAUGAGAAUAAUAAUGAUCAAUUAAGAUCUGAACCACAAGAAUCUGUUAAUAAUUCUUCAGAUCAAGUAAUUACAAAGACAGAUUCAACUUCUGCUGAGCCUUCAAAAAUCUAUCAAAAAUUAACACCCAUGGAAGAAAUGAAAUCGGACUUACAACCUUAUUUAAAUAAAGCUAGUAUUAAAACAAACAGGGCUAUUAAUAAAAUCAUACAAGAUAAACUUGACUCGUAG